GCCCCCCACGUAGCGCGAGCGAGGAAGGCGGAGCCGUAAAUUGUUCCGUGCUCUGAUUGGUGCGCGCAUUCAGUGACGGCAAGCGCCGUGGUUCAAUCUCGCCGAGCGUGCUUUGCCAUUGUUGGCGCGUUGCGUGCUGCUCCCGGCUCCCGCACUGUGACUGCCCCGGUAUCGCGGCGCGUUAACCAGCAGACUGGAGAUGAGCGGAGGCGUGUACGGCGGAGGUAAGCUGAGCGAUAGAGCGAGAAGCGCGCUGGAAGCUCUCUAUGGAGCACUGGCUGGAGCCUGAGAGGCCAUCUUUACUCUCCCCGGCAACAUUGUUACAUUGUAUCCCUAGAGUAACACCAGUGCCGUGCCAUGACCGUCACAGUAACACUGGCUGGCUGUGCAGUGCUGCUCCUGAAUGGGCUCUGCCUACUGGGACCCACUGCCAUUCCAGGCACUGCAUUCCUGCAGGAACAUACACUCUGUUAAAGGGGAUAUUGCCAGAAAUCAGAGCUAUUUGCAAGGCCACACUGCAUUCCAUGAACAAUGACAGUCAUUAUUGUGGAAGCAGGGGGAGCAAUAUAACAGGGUUCAAAGUAAGUUUUUAUACAGUAUAGGUAAGUGGUUCUUAAACACUGGGGUGGAGAUCCAAAGUUGAACACCCCCCCCCCCCAACACCAAUUUAAUGGAGUUUUGUUUAGCAUGUAAUGUGUUAUAUAUAUAUAUAUAAUUUUUUAUUUUUUUUAUAAUUUAAGAUUUGGUUACCAAGCUGAUGUCCAGUUCAUAAUUUGAUUGCCUGUCAGAAAAGGUUAAAAGGGCACUCUGAGCGCCAGUACAAUUUAAAUGCAUUUGAUUGGUUUGGACCUUGUUAAAGGACCGCUAUAGGCACUCUGACCACUUCAGCUCAAUGAAGUGGUCUGGGUGCCAGGUCCCUCUAGUUUUAACUCUGCCUGCUGUAAACAUAGAAACUGCUAUGUUUACACUGUGAGGGUUAAUGAGGGUUAAUCCAGCCUCUAGUGGCUGUCUCCCUGGCACUAUAGUGGUCCUUUAAUAGGUUACAUUUUUACAUGCUCGAUCCUUUAUAGCUUUUGCAAACACACACAAAAAAUGAAAGUAAUGCUGAAUUCUGAAAUACAAGCCUCCAGAAAAAUGCGCGGAAAAUCUGACGCUAGAGGUCCGUGAGGACGUCCAGUGUCGGAUAACGGACCAAAAGUACGUUUGCAUUCUGGCAGCCCUCUAGUGGCUGUCUGGUAGACAGCCACAGAAGGCAGACGUAGAGCUGCAAUGUAAACAUUGCAGUUCUCUGGAACUGCAAUGUUUUACAUUGCAGCACUAGCUGCAAAAGGGUCACAGCACCCAGACUACUUCAAUUAGCAGUGUCCCUUUAAAUCACUGUUUAUGCCCUUAGCCUUUCCAAAAAAACUCCUGGAAAUUGAGAUCUAAUGUUUACACUUCCUUUAGUGCACAGUCUGUUUAAUGUAGAAUUUUAUUUCCAGCACUGAUAAUAGCUUGAUAGACUUGUGUGUCAUUAAAGGGAUACCUAUAGUUCAGGACUUGACAAAUCCCAGGCGGCAGGUCGCCAUGGCGACUAAAAAUUUUGCCCUGGCAUCUGGCCGCCGAGGGAGAUUUGACCGCGGCCGUCACAGGGAAUAUUGCAGGCAGCUGCACAUGGGAGCAUGGAGGUAGGCGCCCGCGGGAGCUUUGUGGGUGGCGCGCGAGGGAGCAGUACUCUACAGCUGCUCUCUGCUUCCUCGCAGUGUGUAAUGAUGUCACUCCGGCCCCGGCAUCAUUACAGAACGCGAGGGAGCAGAGAGGAGCUACAGGCAGAGUACUGCUCCUUCGCACACAGGAAGAGUGCAGACCCACUGGACCCCAAAGGCAGGGAGGCUGAGUGUGUUUCAAUUAAAACAAAAUGUGUGUGUGUGUGUGUGAGAGCCUGUCAGUGUGUGUUUGUGUGAGAGAGCCUGUCAGUGUGUGUUUGUGUGAGAGAGCCUGUCAGUGUGUGUUUGUGUGAGAGAGCCUGUCGGUGUGUGUUUGUGUGAGAGAGCCUGUCGGUGUGUGUUUGUGUGAGAGAGCCUGUCGGUGUGUGUUUGUGUGAGAGAGCCUGUCGGUGUGUGUUUGUGUGAGAGAGCCUGUCGGUGUGUGUUUGUGUGAGAGAGCCUGUCGGUGUGUGUUUGUGUGAGAGAGCCUGUCCUGUCGUGUGUGUUUGUGUGAGGAGAGCCUGUCGGUGUGUGUUUGUGUGAGAGAGCCUGUCGGUGUGUGUUUGUGUGAGAGCCUGUGGGUGUGUGUUUGUGUGAGAGAGCCUGUCGGCGUGUGUUUGUGUGAGAGAGCCUGUCGGUGUGUGUGUUUGUGUGAAGCCUGUCGGUGUGUGUUUGUGUGAGAGCCUGUGGGUGUGUGUUUGUGUAGGAAGGCCUGUGUGUGUGUGUGUGUGGGAGAGCCUGUCAGUGUGUGUUUGUGUGAGAGAGCCUGUCAGUGUGUGUUUGUGUGAGAGAGCCUGUCAGUGUGUGUUUGUGUGAGAGAGCCUGUCGGUGUGUGUUUGUGUGAGAGAGCCUGUCGGUGUGUGUUUGUGUGAGAGAGCCUGUCGGUGUGUGUUUGUGUGAGAGAGCCUGUCGGCGUAAGAGUGUGUGUGAGCCUGUCAAGAGACUGUGUGUUUAUGCGUGCAAGACUGUUGUCAGCGUAAGUGUGUAUGUGAGCCUGUCAGUGUUUGUGUACGCAUUUAGGUACCUGCCCCCUCCGAUAGUUUUUACUCACCUUUUUUCCCCAUUUUCUCACGCCGUGCCAGUUUCCCCAUGGCUGAGAUUAUCAAUCUCUAUGAUCUCAGCUAAGCCAAUGCUUUCCCUUAGGAAAGCAUUGGGAGGAUUUUGUGCAUGCACAGCAAAUGUACCAAUCCGCAUCUCCUCAUAGAGAUGCAUUAAAUUAAUGAAUCUCUAUGAGGAACAUUCAGCACCUCUAUGCAGAGCUUGGAGAUACUGAACCUGAGUGCUGCAUGUGGUGCAGCAGUGACCCAGGACUCUCUAGUGACAGUCUGAGUGACUGUCACUAGGUGUUGCUAAGCAGCAAUGUAAAUUCUGCCUUUUCACGGAAAAGGAAGUGUUUGCAUUAAAAUGCCUGCAGGGACAGGCUGUAGACACCAGAACAACUACAUCAAGCUGUAGUGGUUCUGGUGACUAUAGUGUCCCUUUAAGAAUUGCAUUUUCUCGUGGAAAAUUGCUGGCUCCUAGAUUCCAAACAAACUUGUCAAUCCCUGCUAUAGUGCCAGGAAAACAAACCUGUUUUCCUGGCAUUGUAGGCUUGUGGCGUGCCCUUCUCCCUUGGUGCUGAAGGGAAAACCCCUUAAGCCACUUGCCUUAAUCCAGCACCGGGCUCCCACGACGCUGGUGACUUCUCCUCCCCAAAUGGAGCCGAAUCCGCAUGCGCUGCCAGAGGUGCGCGCGCAUUCAAUCCCGUCCACAGGAAAGCAUUACUCAAUGCUUUCCUGUGGGGAUCUUAUUUGACGCUGGACUCUGAGAUGUGCUUAGAUUUUUUUUUUUUCUUUUUUUUCAUUUGCUGUCUUCAGGGAUUGGCCCUCCCUUUCUGGAGUUCCCUUCAGAAAGUAUCUCUCCCCAUCCCCCCCCUUUUUUUUAGUGUGCAUUUUACUCUUGUUUGCAAAAAAACAAAACUGUACUUGUCUCCCAAUGUCUUGUCCAAUUCACAUUCCUCCAAUCAAAUACUUCCUAUGAGGUGAUUUAAAUCCAAUGCUACUGUAAUGCAUGAGAAGAUUACAAUGUCACAGAACAGAUUCUGAUUCUGUUCUCACAAUAGAAGCACCAUCUAGUGGCUGUCAGGAAGACAACCACUAGAAGCGUGUUGAGCCUUGCAAUGUAAACAUCACCAUAUUUCCAAAGAAGCAAUGUUUUCAAUUGCAGGAACCAAGCAAAACAGGGCCACUGCAUCGUGAUACUCAAAUAACAUAAUUCUAUUGUGUUGCUGGCAUUAAUCAGCUGUUUAUACUUGGUUCUCCUCUCUGUCAGGGGGAGCAUAAUUAGUGGCCUCAAGAUGAUAAAUAAACUGACUUCCAAUUAAAUUCCAUGCUCAAUGUCUGUCCAUUGAUAUCACUGUGUGUUCUCCAAUGUGCGGGAGUUCUGCAAGCAGCCUUUUGCCGAUCGUGAUGUCACAAUAUGAUUUAGCAGCAAAGCGGAAGAUCUGCCCUCUUUUGCGGCCAUCAUUGCACAAUGCAGUUUGUCAUCAGCUGGGAGAAUCUGUCUAUCACAGAAAGCUAUGGUUAAUUUAGUGUUGGGUUUUGUUUAGGGUUAAAGGGACACUAUAGUUACCAGAACAACUACAGCUUAUUGAAUUUGUUCUGGUGAGUAGAAUAAUUCCCUUUAGGCUUUUUGCUGUAAACACUGUCCUUUCAGAGAAAAUGCAGUGUUUACAUUACAGCCUAGUGAUAACUUCACUGGCCACUCCUCAGAUAGCUGUUAGAGAUCCUUCCUGGGUCAUGGCUGCCUAAAAUGCAUCCAAACAUUCAGUAUCUCCUCCCUCUGCAUGCAGACACUGAACUUUCCUCAUAGAGAUUCAUUGAUUCAAUUCAUCUCUAUGAGGAGAUGCUGAUUGGCCAGGGCUGUGUUUGAAUCAUGCUGGCUCUGCCCCUGAUCUGCCUCCUUGUCAAUCUCAGCCAAUCCUAUGGGGAAGCAUUAUUAUUGGGUCAGGCCACCACUUCUGAUGAUAUCAGCAGACAGCUUGUUUUUCUUAGACAAACAGCAUGCAGAUCUACAGCUUCAGGCUUGAAUACAGUAAGAUUUUGCUAUAUUUAUGGAGGCAUGAGGGGCCUAGGGGGGCUAGAUGGUGGUUUUAACACUGUAAGGUCAGGAUUACAUGUUUGUGUUCCUGACCCUAUAGUGAUCCUUUAAGCAUUAGAGCAUAGUUGAUUUUAAUGUGCUGUGGACUUGAGCUUCAACAGGUCAUAAUUGGUCAAAACCAGGUUGAGAUUGACCAGCGUUGCCUUCCACAGCAUUUUUAAGAUGGGCGUCUAUAAUGCCUCAGCAGCCCUUAACAAUCCCUAAUCCUUAGUACCCCCAUGUAGAUGUCCAAAGCCAUUACAGUGGGAUUACAGGCUCUGUUUACUCAAUGUAAAUACAAUACCCAUUACUAAAAAUGCCCAUAGAACGAGAUUAAAAUACAUAAGUUACUCUUAGGUUUCUUCUUGUGCAAAUGGUAUGCUUUUUUGUGUUAUUUAAUACAGUGAGCUUUUAAAAUGCCCUAUAAAGUAUCAGAGAGUAAUCAUCAAUAUGCCAAGUUUCAUAAAAUUUAAAAUGUCACUAGUUUUGACCUGGUGCAUCACAAAACCUGGCAACAGUGUACAUAGGGGGUAUCACUAUGUCCACAAAAUAAAUUUUUUUUUCGAAAUGGUUUGGCAGAUAACCAUUAUACUGAGCCCUGGAAUUUCUAAUACCAUAACCACAACACAAUGUGUCCUUUUGAGGCAUAAUUGUAGUUUCUGAGCGGCUUUGAUGUAAAAAAAAAAACUGAUGCAGACCAGCAUUCUAAUCUAAAUAGAUAAAAUUGCAGUUCUAAUUUGUAACUAUAAUGUUCUCCAACAUUGGGCAAUAUAUAUGGUGGGGGGUGGGACGUACAAAGGAAAUAUGGCAAAAUAAAAUUUGAGCUGUUUGCUGGCAGUAACAAAUAUUUUACGAUUAUCACUGCAUGUACUUAAACUUAUGGUUCACAUUAAGGAUAACAGGCAUACUUAAUUUAUUAGAUAUAUGUAUGUUUCCGUAAUUAAUUUUUUAUAUAAUGAAUCUUAAUUUCUCUGCCUUUUUAAUGUAGAUGAGGUGGGAGCCUUGGUAUUUGACAUUGGCUCAUACUCCGUUCGUGCUGGAUAUGCUGGAGAGGACUGUCCAAAGGUAUGAAUGUAAAAAUGUGUUUUAGACCAGUUUCUGCUUUCUAAAGUGGUCAUAGGGGCAAGGACUGUGUUUCCAAUGCAGAUAAAUUAAUAUUUCUUUCCGGCAGCUGGCAUCAGUCAGCUCAGAAUAAGAGUUCCUGAUCAGUUAUUAAGAACUUGUGCAUUUUUAGCUUUCAUCACACGCACAUGCAGUCUUACACUCCCAGGAUCUGUGAGCGAAUACUGAUGUAGGCCUCCUGUGCUAUGGCCACUGGCUUACACACAAUCCUCCUCCAUACUGGGAAAACCACUGGAUUGAUUAAUCAGCAUGAUUCUCUGUGAAAAGCAUUUGAUUGGUCACUACCCAGCAUGAACUUGGAACUGCAUAGUGUGCAGCAAAGGGGAGCAUCAGCUUAGCUGGAAAGUUCCCAUCUGCAGCGAAUGCAAGAUAUGUGCACCCAAGUUGCUUUUUCACCAGUGCAAUUACAUUUUCUAGAUAAGCAUUAUUUAUGCAAGAAAACCAAAAUCUAGUAUACAUAUGCCAAUGGAGAACAGUUAUGCAGAACUUGGGGGCAUCUUAUUAAGAUUUUUUUUUUUUUAAAUUAUAAUUGGUUGCCUGUACUUUAAGUUCAUGGCAAUUCAAACUUUGGUGAAUAAUCGUGACACGUACAGUUAAAUAGAGUGAAUCGUUGAGAAUUUAAAACCUGAAAACUUCCACUGUAAAAAGGCAAGAAAUGCAAAAUACACAUACUUGCAGGGGCCAGCAAUCUGAAGGCCAUGACAGGCCCAACACCGGCACUUUACCUGCCCUUAUCGUUAAUUUUUAUAAAUACUCUGGGCAUCCUGCCUACCAUCUUGUGCCAAUGUGUGGCAUAACUACAGCGUGAUCCCCGAGGGAGCGGUGUAUAGAAUUUAACCAUCGUGUGCACAUCUUUUCUCGUGUCUCUUUCAAACGAGACAGAAGCCAGCCAACCAGCUUGAGAGAAAUUCACCCCAAGACAAUUUUUAGCAUUAUGGUGUUAACUAUUCAUUGGUGACCUUAUAACAAUUAGUGUUUUCCUUACAUUUUUAUUGGCAUUUACUAGCUAAAUUGGAAAACCAUUCCAAGUCAAACUAUGUUUUCAGUUUAACUAUCUGACCAUUCGCUCUUAGUGAAUAAUCCUGGAUGUGUAUGUAAAUCUGUCUAUUCUGUCUGUAUAUGAUGCAUUUGUGACCUAGCAGAAUACAUUAAGUAAAAGAGAGCUUGAUCUUGCAGGUUGAUUUUCCUACGACAAUUGGAAUGCUUGUCGACCGGGAAGAUGGAAGCACACCUAUGGAAACGGAUGGAGAUCAAAGCAAAUCAAGAGGCCCAACAUAUUACAUAGAUACCAACACACUCAGGGUCCCAAGGGAAAAUAUGGAGGCUUUUUCACCACUCAAAAAUGGAAUGAGUGAGUAGUUGUCUAGUUUUUUCAUUUACUGAAGUUGCUUGCUCUUCAAUCAACAAGACAUCCUAGAAAAGAUAGGGGGGCUGCCUGUGCCAUGUGCUAACCCCAGAAUUGUGAACACACCAUCCCAUAUUCUAAAAACAUGCAUGACCCAUUUUUGUGGGCCCUAUAGGUGGCUGUAAAAGUUGCUCCUUAGUUUAACCUUUUCAUUUGUUAAUACCCAGGUAGUUGAUUUGAAAUCUUAUAAUGGUUAACAAUUUGUACUUUUACAGUUGAGGAUUGGGACAGUUUUCAAGCCAUACUGGACCACACUUACAAAAUGCAUAUCAAAUCUGAAGCAAGUUUACAUCCAGUGCUGAUGUCAGAAGCAGCAGUAAGUUUUGUUUCCACUGCAUGUUUUUCCCCCCCAAUUAUGGGUUGGGGUAGAUCUAUGAGGAUACCAACAUUUUUAAUCAAGUUUAGUGGUGAGGGUUUCGGAAUUAAACUCUUUCUGGUUUCAGGAUUUAGUUUUUUGCAUGUCUUGUGGGGUUUUUUUUUUUUUUCUGGUUAUUUGAAGUAUUCAUCUGUGUUUUGUACAUAUGUGAACUUUUCAAACGUACACCUUUUUAGGGAAACAUUAAUAGGCUGUUAAACUUUGCCAAGAUACACGAGCCCUAGUAAAAACUGUAGAGCACGUCUUAAAGGUACACUAUGGCGUUAGAAUUAGGAAUACAAAAGGGUAUUUCUAACACUACUUUUCCUCUGUACCCGUGUUUCCCCAUAAGCAAAUACGUUUAAAAAAAAAAAAAAAAAUUUGAAAAAUUUACCCUUACCCUAUUCCAGCACCAAGGUCCCUUGGCACUUGAUCACUCUCCGACUCAUCUGACGUAAAGGUGGACCAGGAACCCCAUGCACGUGUGCGGCAUCAUACACAUUAGGCCUUCCCUUUAGGAAAUCAUUGACUCAAUGGUUUCCUAAGGGGAUUUUGAGGACACUGACAUCCUCAUUAAAAGUGCAAGGACAUCCAGUGUAGUUUCAAGAAGUUAAUCUCCGUGUGAAUUGAGGAAGCUCCUCUAGUGGAUAUCCGGAAGACCCCUGCCCAAUGCUGAAAGCACUUUCAGUGGUGACGUGCACAUCAGUUCUGGUCCAUGGAGCAAUAGAAGAAGGUUGCCUGGUCUGAUGUAUUACGUUUUGUUUAGUUUUUUUGUUUUCUAUAUUGGAUGGGUAGCUGGGUGUGUGUGACUGGGAAAGAGAUGGCAGCAUGAUGAACUUUGGGAAGAAGGCAGGGUGGCGGAGGCUGUGUUAUGCUGUUGGCAUUUUUCGACUGGGAAACCUUGGGUCCUGACACGUGCCACUUACACCUCAUCUUGGCAAUGGUGUUCCAUUUCAGCCGGUUAAUGCACACUGCAAAAAGCUCUUCAGGAAUGGUUUGACUAACAUGACAAACCGUUCAGGGUGUUGCCUUGGUCUCCAAAUUUCCUCCACAGUGCUAAUGUCUUGGGGUGUGUGUGUGUUUUGUAUCACAUGAGAUGUGUGCAUCUAAGUUUGGCUGAAUCUUUCAAAGAGGUUCGGGUGUGUGUGUGUGUGUGUGUGUGUGUGUGUGUGUGUUGCUAAUACACCAGAAUCAGUGAAUUCGACUAAUAUGAUUUUCAGUUGUUUACCUAUAUUUGUGUAUAUUAUUUAGUGAAGAAUAUGUUGGUGCAGUAUAAAAUAUUUACACAGUAAUUAUCCGGGUUCCUUUGUGAAGAAUAGCAAUUUGGUGUUAAGGCAGUUAGAGAAUACAACAUAUCCACAAGGUACAAAAAUAACUGUGAGCAUAUAACAUUAAGAGACAUUUUAUACAAAGUGCAUACAAUUACAAUUCCACUAAUAACAGUUGAAACAAAACCAAGCAGUGGAGAAAAUGAGGGUGAUGAGUACAAAGUGAGAGGCAUCAUUGAGACUUUCAGUUGGGAACUUUUCAAGAGUUUGUAAAACUAGAGUUGUACAUGCGUCUUUUAUGGCAAAUAAGAGUGACGACUAUCCGCUUCACCAUAUGUAAACCAUUUGUAUAUUUAGUUCAGAACCCUAGUCCUGAAAGGGUCACUGGCAUAUGUUUUUUGUUUCAUUUGUCAUAAUACAUUUUGUUUCCUUUUUAGUGGAAUACUAGAACCAAAAGAGAGAAGCUUGCGGAGUUGAUGUUUGAACAUUACAAUAUUCCUGCAUUUUUCCUCUGUAAAACUGCGGUUCUCACUGCGUAUCCUUUUUGUUAAAUGUCAUAAAUUGUUCAUAAUCUUUACAAGAAACGUUAGUUUCACCAGUAUUUUGAGUUGCUGUAUUGAAGGAAGAAAUAUUGCAGAUUUGUUUUUAGUUAAGCAAACCCUGCAAAAGCAAUCCUCUGUAUGCAACAUACCUUGACUUAAAGAACAGAUGUAUAUUCCUAUCUAAUUCUGUACAUAGUGCUAUAGGCACAGAUUGCUUGGCUUUUUGCAUUUGAUUUUCUUUUCUUGUCUCUUCCCUUGACCAUGAAUCCCUUUCUUCUACAAUUAUCUUUGUCAUUUUUAAAAUAUAAAUACAAGCAAACUAGUGUCGGUGUGAAAUAAGCUAGAUUGUUCUUGUUUUAUCUUUACUUUGGUUUUGCUCCUUGAUUUUCUGGAUUAGAUUUGCUAAUGGUCGCUCCACUGGGCUGAUAUUGGACAGCGGUUCUACACAUACUACAGCUAUUCCUGUCCAUGAUGGAUAUGUUCUCCAGCAAGGUAAAACCAGGACUUGGUAUAUCCGUAGCUUCCUCACGUAGAAUUCAGAAAAACGAAAUUUUACUUACCGUUUGCUUAAAGGGAUUCUUUAACCCUUUGGUGCCUUUUCUGUGACAAAUGGGCUUCCAAUGUCACGUGCUGGGGAUGCAACUAUUCUCCAGCACACCAUUACUAAUAUCUCUUCAUGUGCAGUGUUUCAAGCAGAAACACUGCACAUACAUAUUACUACCACCAUAACCACUUCAAAUCACUCAAGUAGUCACGGUGUUUGGAGUAACCCUUUAAUUUUCCAUAGUCCAAGCGGCAGUCAUCGUAAAUGGGUAGUCACACCUUGCUGUCUUGUAGAAGUGGUAGCAUAUUAAAAAAAAAAAAAAAAAAUCCACUCUGAGCUCCCCUGUUAAUUACAACCGAAUAGGAUAUGCGUGUUUUAUUUUUGAUCCGUGGUAAAAAGGAGGUAAAUAAUGACUGUCGCUUAGACUGUGGAAAAGGAAAUUUACUGUAAGUAAAAUAUAGUUGUUGUUUUUGUUUUUCCCACGAAUGUCUAAGCAGCAGUCCUCAUAACAUCACAAAUGAGAAACCCACAAUACAGGAGCCUUUGGAUUGUGGCUCCUGAAUCACGAAGAAUUCCAUCCCCACUUGAUGGGAUUGCUAACUAAAUGAAUUCUGGAAGAACACGGGCAUUAAACUAUACAUACUUAGUUUUUUCUGUGGGGUAAAAAAAUACAUAUACCACAAAAUCUACUGGACAUAUUGUAUGUUUGGCUACAUUCUUCUCUUUUGGGCGCUAGUCCUAGAGCCUAAUAAAAGAAGCUGAUUGGUUCCAGUUUUAUAGCAUUUAUGGACUACAUGUGAUAAAAUAAAACCUACUACUGGUCUGCAUAACAUCUGAGCCCUUUCAGAUGUAAAGCCACUUAUCUGGUGACUAGUCAAAAACUUAUAAUAAAUUCCGUUUGGCACAAUUGGAGCACAGCUGUAGUGGCAGCAGCCCAUUUCAGAAUGAAACUGACAAUAUAUGGCUUAUGAGCUUAUUGCAAAUAGAAUAGAAUAACUCCAGUAGAACGUAUGUUAAUCUUGCAUUGCUGGGCUACCGAACAAACCUCUGUGGUGUAAGACAAAGUAUUUCAAUAAAAUUUGUUAAAAAACUGAAAUGAAUUAAACCUGUAUUUGCUAUAAUUUAAUUUAACCUCUCAAAGAUACCUGUCUUUUGAAAUACUCAGAUUGAUUGUGUUGUAAUGUUACUAAAAUUCCAACCCAGUCAAAAGAUAUAACGAGACAAAGACUACUUUGUCUCAAUAUUUUUCCUAAACCUGACAAAGAUUGACCUUAGGCGGAGCUACCGCUGUCAAGGUCAUCAUUUCCCCCUGCCAUCACUAGUGACGACUGCAGGGAAAUUAAGCUCUUUCUACGCAUUAUCUUGCAGGAUCCUUCAUAGACCUCAAUGCUGUGCUCUCGCAUGUGUGAGAGCAAAGUGCUGAUGUUGGCUUCUGGCAGCUAAAGAGCAGUGGCAGGAAGAGGAUGGCGGCACCCUUGGGGGACAGGUUCCAUAAAAUUAGCAUCCACAGGCACUGUAGGAAAGUCAGCCAUUCCGAAACGCUCUGACCAGCCUACACAGGGUAAAACUUUUCCUCAGUGGAUAACUCAGCCUUAGAAAUAGCAUAAAAGUUUGGAACAAGCUUACUGAAACAAACCAGUAAGGCAUUUAAAGACCUAAUUUCAACUGUUCUUUAGCCUUCUAUAUCAGGAAAGACUAAACUAAACCUAUAGGAAAGAAAAAGACUAUUAAGGUAAACAUCACUUGUCUUAUCUUAAUAGGCCUCUAGAUGACUGGUGAGGGUACACUGGUAACUAAUCUGACACGCACCCAGAGACCGUUACUGCUAGGUUUAAAUAUCCUGACAAUAGGCUCCAGAGUGUUAAAAAAUGGUGCCGAGAUCACUUUGUACAUGUGAGUAACACUCUGCGGUCUCUCAGUGGAAUGCAGCAUCUAAGUGCAGUGCAUUCCACCUACAGAGCUUCCCAGCUGUACCUCUUCAAGCACAUAUUGGGUGGAUGUGAUAAAAGCGUGAAACACAGGCGCUUGCAACAAAAGGACAUGCUCACAGGCCAAACAUUCCUACACAAAAGCUAGAUGGAGCCCUCCAGGGUCCGCAGCCUCCUCACCACAUCUGUCCAAGAUACAAAAGCGUGAAUAGCUUAACCUAUACUGCCAAGGACAGGCAGAAAACUCUGCCACCUGACUUGUCCGUCCUGAGAACAGGCCAACACUGGGGAGCUCAGGGUUUUCCUUUUCUCAGGAUGGACAGAUCGUGUGGCAGAGUUCCCUAUAUAAGGGUUGCAGGGGAGGAGACGGUGGAACUGGAGUUUUAGUUUUAUUUUUUUACCUUUUCAAUGCUACCCGUCUUGUGAUAGAGGAAAGGGCAACUACCCAUUUGUGAUGACUGCUGCUUGGUCAUUUGGAAAAAUGUACCUCUUCAUACUGGAAGUGUUUGUCAGUGAAAAAGAGGUCAAAAUAGCUCUUUAUUUUGUAUAUAUUAUAAGCAAUAUUUCCUCGCAAUCUCUCCUCUUUCUUUCGACAUGGCUGCAAAUUAUAGGUAGUUUGGUGUACCUCCAAAUGUAGCUUGACUUUAGUGCUGCCUUAACUUAUUGUGUAGAUUCCUGUCAACAUUUGGAAGUUAUCGCAUCCAUCAGUGAAGUUUUUUUAUUGGCACUAUCUUCAGUCCGUACUCCCACCUAUGAUGCUCGCCUUAAAGACUUCUCGAGGGCUGCACUAUUCCUGUGGAACUCACUUCCCUCCUCCAUUAGAUGUUCACCCAGUCUCCACUCCUUCAAAAAAAUCAUUAAAAACCCACUUCUUCAUAAAAGCAUAUCAAUUAAACUGUUAAUAGCUCCCAACUGAUUCCUCUUUUGCAACUGUCAUUAGUCUAAUACUAUCCUUACCUUUUUGUGUCAUUUUACCCCACUCCCUCUAGCAUGUAAGCUCAUUGAGCAGGGCCCCCAACCCCUCUGUUCCUGUGUGUCCAACUUGUCUGGUUACAACUACAUGUUUGUUCGUCCACCCACUGUAAAGCGCGGACUUUGUUGGCGCUAUAUAAAUAAUAAUAAAAGGCUCCGCUGUAAUGUCCCAUGCUCUAGUUCAGGGGUAGGCAACCUUCAGCAAUCCAGAUGUGUAUUACAUCUCUCAUAAUGCUCUUACAGCCAUAAUGCUGGCCAAGCAUCAGGAGAGAUGUAAUCCACAACAUAUGGAAUGCCGACCUCCUCUAGUUUGAUGUUAUGUUCAUGUCUAUGGGAGGCACUUUCUUUUUUGGUCUAUUUGACACUUUGUCUUUUCUUUACUAGGGAUUGUAAAAUCACCGCUUGCGGGAGACUUUAUUACUAUGCAGUGCAGGGAACUAUUUCAGGAGAUGAAUGUAGAUCUCAUACCUCCAUACAUGAUCGCUUCUAAGGUAUGUUAAUAUUUUAAUGUGUUCGGUUUAGUUUUUAGAUGACUGAAAGACUCACACUGAAUUUUAUUAUUAUUUAGGAGCCAGUGAGGGAAGGUGCGCCAGCCAACUGGAAAAGAAAGGAAAAACUACCUCAGGUGACGCGUUCCUGGCAUAAUUACAUGUGCAAUGUAAGUAUAUAUGGGAUCGUAAUGCUGAAUGGUUUUAGGCUUAGGAGUAAUUUUUGUAAGUAAUUUAUUUUUUUUUUUUUUCUCAUAUGUCAAAUUUGUAUCUGUUUUAGUGUGUGAUACAGGACUUCCAGGCUUCUGUCCUUCAGGUUUCAGACUCCACGUAUGAUGAACAGUAAGUUUUCUCUAAAUAUCUUAAAAUAAAAAAGGAUUAAGAAACUGCUAUAAUUACCUCUGAGGGUUUACUCCACCUCUAGUGUACCAGACAGCCACUAGGGGGACUUCCGGGUGGGUAGGCGACCAAAAAUCGCCUAAAUGAUGCUGGUCGUCCUCACGCUGUGCAUGAGGACAUCCAACGUCAGUCAGCUCUCUAUAUGAAAGCACUGAAACAAUGCUUUCCUAUAAGGAAUCCGAAUGCGAGCACGACACUUGCCACACAUGAGGACUCCCCACUGGCUGAUGUUGGCAAAGGAGCAGUCUGACCCAGUAGUGCCAGGAAAACUGCUUUGCUCUCCUAGCACUAUAGUAUCCCUUUAAAAACUAAUAAUUGGUCAAAUAUUUAUUAGAUCCGAAUAACUUGUUACUAGUGUGCUACGGACUAUAACCCUCGACGGUCAGAGAAACUGCGUUUAUUAACUACAUGUACUCUACAUAUGAAAAACCUUAAGAUUCAAAAUGUUCCAAAAGAUAUUACAUAAUCAAAUAUAUUAUUGUCAUGUUAGGGUUCCUUAAGAAAAGCAAUAUCACAGAUAGAAACUUGGAAUUUUUUAUAUAUUCUUGCCAGCUGAGACUUUUUAAAUCCGCUACUGCAUAAAUUGAACCAACAUAUCAAACAAAAUUCCACUUCAACAUGCUAGCUGUACCAACAACAAAUGUAUACUAGGGACUAGCCCUGUAAUACUAGGUAGGUAGCAAUGGACCAUAAACUGCGAAAAAUUAGGACUAUGUAAUAAGAGAGAAGAUGAUAAAGGAAAAGUCGACAUCACUGGAUCAUUAUCAAUCUCACUACUUCUAAUUAGCCCCAACAAGCGUUAUUUUAACCGUGGUUUAGUUUUCCUUUUUCCCCCUUCUUCAAGUUUGCAGGAAAAAAAUUCCGUUAAAUUCUAUUGCUGUGCAUGCGUGCUUGUGGAUAUCAUGAGUGUGAAUUCAUGCAAUAGUUGGACCAGGCAAACAGAAAUAAAUAGUACUAUAUCAUUAAUACAUGGAACAUAGAGAAUGAAUAAACUACACUAAUCCAUCACAUCAUUAAACCCACUGAGAGUUAAAGUGAUGACAUGGUUACAAUGGCAUCUGUCAGGGGUUGGGGUAUAUAUUAGGUAGCACGUAAAUAGUCAGUUCUUGAAUCUUUUGCGUUGGAAGCAUGAAAAAUGGCUAAGCAAAAAUGAGUGACUUUAAAAAGGGCCAAAUAAUGAUGGCUAGACGAGUGGAUCGGAGCAUCUCCAAAACAGCAAGUCUUUUGGGGUGAUCCCGGUAUUCAGUGGUUGGUACCUACUAAAAUUGGUGCCAGAAAGAACGACCAGUGAAUCAGGUGUCAUUGAAUCAUGGGCUUCCUUGUGUCAUUGAUGCCUGUGUGUAGUGAUGGCUAGCUGUCUGGUCUAAUCACAAUAGAGCUACUGUAGCUCAAAUCGCCAUAGAAACGUAGUGCUGGCAAUGAUAGAAAGAUGUCAAAACACAUAGUGCAUCACAGUUUGUAUGGGGCUGCGUAGCCACAGACAGGUCAAACUGCCCAUGAUGACCCCUGACCACCGCUGAUAGCACCUUCAAUGAGGAGGUAAACAUCAGAAAUGGAGCCGUGGAAGAGGUUUGCCUGGUCUGAUGAAUCACAUUUUCUUUUUGAUCAGAUGGCCGGAUCUGUGUGCAUAAUUUACCUUGGGAAGAGAUGGGAGCACGAUGCACUAUGGGAAGAAGGCACGCCAGUGGAGGCAGUAUUAUGCUCUAUGCCAGGCAUAGGCAACCUUCGGCACUCCAGAUGUUUUGGACUACACCUCCCAUAAUGCUUUGCCAGCAUUAUGGAUGUAAGAGCAUUAUGGAGGAUGUAGUCCACAACACCCGGAGGGCCGAAGGUUGCCUAUCCCUGAUCUAGGCAAUGUUCUGCUGGGAACCUUGGGUCCUGGCAUUCAUGUGGAUGUUACUUUGACAAGUACCAUUUACCUAGAGAUUGAUGCAGACCAUGUAUACUCCUUGUGGCAAUAGUGUGCCUCUGUCAGUAUUAUAAUGCACCCUUCCACACUAAAAAAAUGUUGAGGAUUUAUCUGAGGAACAUGGUGUUGCCUUGGUAUCAAGAUUUCCCAGUUGCCAUCAGAUUUGAGCAUCUGUGAAUGUGUUGGAUCAACAAAUUGGAUCUAUGGAGACCCCAACUAACAGCUUGCAGGACUUAAAGGAUCUGCUGCUAAUGUCUUGGUGCCAGAUACCACAGGACAUGUUCAGAGGUCUAAUGGAGUCCAUGCCUCAACGCAUCAGAGCUGUUUUGUCAGCACCAUUAUAGGCAGGUGGAUUUAAUGUUGUGAAUGAACAGUGUAUAUGGUAGAGUGAGACAAAGCUCUGCUUACCUGCAGCCAGGGGAGAAGCCAGUUGAAAAGGUUCCUUCAUGCAGUAGUGAUUUUUAACACUACAUAAAGCAUGCCAUAGACAAGCACUCACUGUAGGAAUAAAAGUUAAUGGCACCACACUAAAGACACAAAACUCCCUAUGUGUUUCAAACCUGUGUCGGUCCUUACUUACAGGAUUCCUAUAAGUAAGGACCUAUGGGUCUGAGACACGUUGGGAAGUUUAGUAGUAUUCACAUAACCUUGGUAAACUAUUAAAAUUCUGUAUAAUUUUUCUUCAGGCAGUUUUAGUAUUUUGUUUAUUUACACAUGUUAACAAGCUAUGUUUGAUAAUCUUGUAGGGUAGCCGCCCAGAUGCCAACGGUUCAUUAUGAAUUUCCCAAUGGUUACAACUGUGAUUUUGGAGCAGAGCGUCUAAAGAUUCCAGAAGGAUUGUUUGAUCCUUCUAAUGUUAAGGUAUGUCCCGUACCAGCCAUCUUCUGCUUCCUCUGUUUUGCUUUUCACACUCUUAUUCAAUUCCCAAUUAUCUGUGAAUGUGUUCAUGCACCUCAAAGUUCUGUAGAUAUUAUGUGCUGAUAUCCUCUUAGUGACCUGGUAUAAAAUGAUGUGCACUUCUCAAAGUCUUCUAACUGCUGUGUGUAACAAAUCUGUGUAAAUGUUCGUGUAGAUUUUUACUAUUAUGCAGAUACAAUAAAAAAAGCAACUUUUCUUUGAAGGUUUAAUAAAGUAGUAUUUCUGUUUUUCUUAGGGUCUGUCUGGUAAUACUAUGCUCGGUGUCAGCCAUGUUGUGACAACAAGUGUUGGAAUGUGUGAUAUUGACAUUAGACCGGUAAGAUAUAUAUCCGAAGAGUGUAUUACUUACGUUUUUUUUUGGGGGGGAGCAUGUUUUACUGCUGAAUAAUACUUUGGUUUGGCCACACACGUUUCCAAACCUUUUCAAAAUGGAUGUGAACUGACACUUAUAUUUAUGCAGUGUUGGCUAUUAGCAUUGCCAAUACACACAACUUUGAUCAUUGUUGCAUCUUCAUUUGGAAUAGAGAAAUAAGUGUGUUUUGCUUUUAGGGGUUAUAUGGCAGUGUGAUUGCAGCAGGGGGAAACACGUUACUACAGGGAUUUACAGACAGAUUGACAAGAGAACUGUCGCAGAAAACGCCUCCAGUAAGAUAUGAAUAUUGUAUAUAAAUCUUUUAUAGCGACUUGCAUGCCAUUAUUUAGCCACUGUGGUGUUUUUUUUUUGUUUUUAAAACUUCCAAGAAACUAGCUGCUCAAAUUUAAAAAAUUUAAUUCUAUGAUUUCUAAUAAUUUAAAGAACUGUCGUUGUUAGGAAUGAGUAAGAUAAAUGUUGUGGUAACUUUACAUGGUUUUCAGAAGUUAAACUCUGAUCCGUGGAACUAAAUCCAUAUUGAAAUCAGUAGGGAUUUCUCAUGGCAGUUUGUUGAUAUCCUGAUAUUCAGUUAAUUGAAUUUAUGCACUUAAAAGGUCACUCCAUGUAGCAUUUGACCUAUUUUAAUGUGUUCUAUAGAUUGUGUAUAAGUCAGAGUAUCCUGUACAGUUCUACUAACACUGAAGCAAGGGAAAUUACAAGAUUGUCUUAUAAAAGAAAGCUCAUGUAUUACCAAUUAUCUUUUCAUAUAAAGAAAGUGUCCCAUUUAAGCUGCCAUGGGUUCAAGCUAUCUGACUUUUGAAGUUAAAACUUGUUAUUGACAAAUGUAUUUAUUUGUAUAUUAUUGACUAGGAAACGUUGACACUCAAGUUGUUGUGGAUAAUAGAACACUUUACCACUGGACACUUUUUUUUUUUUUUUUUUUACCAAGAUUGUUGGAGCCCUUGGACACUGCAGCAGUUGUUGUGGCACUUAAUUGUGUGUGGUUGUUGGCAUACUUUUUCACCUCAUUUCUUUUUCUCACCCUGUUUUCAGAGCAUGAGAUUAAAGCUGAUUGCUAACAAUACCACAGUGGAAAGGAGGUUCAGCUCGUGGAUUGGUGGUUCUAUUCUCGCCUCUCUGGUGAGUUAGUCAUUUGUAAAAUCAGAGUUCUCCGCUCGCAAAGUUUAUUUUAGCUAAAUUACUUAAAUAAUGGUACAACAAACACUUGUUUCUUCCUAUUCUAAUCUCUGUAAUAAAUGUAAAUGCGAUCACAUUAAUUUUAAGCUCGAAAUUAGGUUCCGGCUAUAUUGGAGAUCUCUUGCUUGCUUAUCUUUAGCAACUUUAUAUUGCAGUCAUCCUUCAUCUUGAUAUUUAAAUUGUUUUUGAGAAAGUUAACUAAGCCCAUGUCAUUCAAGUUUCCAAAUUACAAAAUCAUAAAAUACAGUUCUUGCAUGUAAAUAAAAGUAAAAAAUCCAUAUUGUAUUAACCUAUUUAUGACCAUUCACAUAACAUUACUUUUCAUCCUGUCACAACCCUCAGUAAGUUAUCGUGAUGUAUUGCAAGAUGGUGUUCUAGCCAAAUGGCACACAAUAACGUAAGAGUAAGCAGCAACACAAACCUUCAACAAGUGAGGUUUGUUUUGUAAUCAACAAUGGACGUGAUAACGAUUUUGCCUACUUAAGGUCUUUAUCAACUCUAAGAUCUUAAAUAGUUGAAAUCCAAUUGCUGCUCUCUCUUCUUAUUGUGUAUAAAUUAGGCCCUGGAGCAGGGACUCUCAUUACAUUCUAAGGUGAAUUAUUGAGUAUUGGCCUUGUUACUGUUCACUACAGUGAACUUGUGCAAAUGAUUUUGUAUUAGUUUGUCCACACACACAUAAGUUGGUUUCCAAAAAUAUUGGCAUACAAAUAUUCCUAACGGGUAAGGUAAAGUUUUAGCACAGCAGUUCCCCAUCAUAACUUUUGGAACAUUUUGGUUCCCAAAAUAUUGCACUUCUUUUAGGCAACUUUGGUCUACUUUUCUAUUUAACAUUGCAGUUUAAAUCUCCUGAGCUGUAUUGACAAAUAUGCACAAAACGCAACUGAACAAUAAAAAUAAUUUCAAUUAGACAUUUUAUAUUUAAAUUUCCAUUCAUCAAUAUAGCUUUUGCUGGUAUAAAGUGUUGUAAUUUGUAUUCUUUUUAAUUUAUAGGGAACCUUCCAGCAGAUGUGGAUUUCAAAGCAAGAGUAUGAAGAAGGAGGGAAAGCAUGUGUGGAGAGAAAAUGUCCUUAGUACCUUUCAGACUGCUACUAGUAUCUUGCGGCCAUUUUUAAAAUAGCUUUAGCAGACUCAGGAAACAAAGUGACUUCUUUUGUAGUUAAAAUAACUAUAUAUUUCUUUAAAUCCUCAAUAGACACAUGUCUGGUUACCACAGUUGCAUAUGACAUGCACCUGUUCCCAAGCAAUAACUCUUAUAUUUUUGUUUUUUAGUUUUGUCAUGAAGGUCUAUCCUUGUAUGAGAAUUAUUUAAUGGUGUUCUGGGCGCAAAUGUCAUAAGAAGUCCAUGGUAGGAUUAAAAUGAAAUAUGAAGCCUAGAACAUUACUGUAGUACCAAAAGUGCUCCAGACGUGUACUAGCAUCAUAUUUUGAGCACCCAGUGUGCUAUAUCACACGUAUAGGUGGUUGUCCCUCUCACUGCCUCCAGUUAAAGUACACUGCAAAAGCCUUACCGUAGAUCACAGUAUGCAAUCUUUUAUAUAUUUUGUAUUUGUUUUUGGUAGUUAUUUGUUGUACUCUGUGCACUGUAAUAUACUAUUGCCUUUUAUUUUAUUUUUGUUAUAUCUUCCUGAAUGACAUUGUUUUGUAAUUAGACCUUUUACAGUUGUAUGCUAAAAAUGUCAUGAAAUAAAACUGUACUGAAGAACAGUUUGAUAAAUAUUUAAGUGUAAAUAAUUUGGUUACCAUUUUAAUUUGUUAAACUCUGGUAAUCUUAAGUAGUACUUUUGUAUGCCUGUUUCUUUUUUUUUUUUUUUUUUUUUUGGUUUUUGAGCUCUAGCUGAAUAUUUGACUGCAACUUGGGCCAUUAAAGUAAGAUUCACCGCA